AAUCAAAGCUUGUCACCUGUCCACCCGCCCAGAGCUGUUAUGCCAAAGGCUUUUGACUUCACCUUCGGCAUGAACCUGAACCACACACGACGGGAUACUGGAAAUACCAAGUUCCGCAUCGACUACUCCGGCGUCGGAGGCGACUGGAACGCCGCUUUCGACUCUCCGGGCAUUCAGUUAGGUAAUUCUUUGUGCCGCAGGGCCGUAAAGCGAUUCUUCGCCGAGCGCUGGGCUGAUUGGCGAAACAUGUACAAAAAUGCCGAGACGCACAAGAGCGAAGGCGAAAGACAACCUGACGAGGAAGUCGACACUCUCCUCUUCUGGGACACCGUCGAAAAUUGUGAAUUCGAGGGGGAAGACUACGAAUUUGGCUUUGGAGCCUAUGUCAAGGGUAAAUUCAAAGCCGACUUCAUCUGCAGCUUCUCCAUGAUUGCUUCAAUGGACAACGUGUUCAAAGUUGCGCAAGCCAACGGCUGGCUCACUGUAGAUGGAGAGUCUGAUCUGACCCUUUCCAUCGGAGGCGUUGGCGAGACUGACCUUGACAACCCUGACAAGGGCAACCAAGCCUACACCAAAGUCAAGCCCACCAAACUCAAGGGGCUCACACUGAACCCAUCGGGCAACACUUGGAUGACUUUCCAGCGGUACGUGAAAGCUGACUACAUGCUCGCAUCCUUCAACGACACCGAUGGGGGUGCCAGCAGCCACAGCGCGCCCUACUUUGACGGUAAGCUCAGGACCCGCGUAAUGUCGGACUUCGGAGACUUCGACAUAAACUUCCCGCCUAACCCAAAGGAUAAUCUAGACACCAAGAACCCCGAGCGUGACGACAACAAGGUUUCCAUGGACAACGGCAACGUUAUUUGUAACUCCAGGGACGACGUUGGCAGGUAUGCACUGAGCACUUCCUUCAAAUUCGGUCUCAUGGUCGACCUAGGCUUCUUCAGAGACCUUCGCCUCUUCCAGGUUCCCAUUAUCGAUGUGUCGAUGCGAUACAGAACGUUCACGACGGGAGCUUCUUCCCGUCUCCAGACCCUGCUUCUGCGACGUGCGUGAGCACUGCCGUCACGUAGGCCCCUUCAUCCAUCCCUUCAUCCGAGUGGCUGGUUGAAAUAUACUAAAAGGUCAUUGUGAUAACUCGCAUCUCGGAAGAGCGCUCGGAAUACCGUGAAAUGGACGACGAGUAAGUAUCUCAGAGUCCCGACUUGCAGGCAGAGAUGGUUAAUCAUUAGCUAACCUCUGCCCAACAGCCAAACCUGUGGAUAGGAGGAAAAAUGCGUUCGUCCCUGCAUUGUCAGUGACAGCGGAAUGGAGAUGACAGCUCUUGU